AUGGUGCUGCUCAGACGCAAGUCCCCCAACGACAGGAUAGCGAGCGGGACGGACCGCUGCGACACCCCGCUACUGAAGGAACCUGGCCGUGCACGUUGGCGACCACGGUUGCUCAAUAGCGAGGAUGUUCCAACGUGGUAUGCCCAUAAUGCCUACCUUCGCACUGGCUAUCGCCCUGUGACACCUUCUACGCGUCUUUGCUUCGAGAGCUUGGCGUACGUGCACAACGAGACGGUCAAUGUGUACUCGCAUCUGAUCCCUGCCGUGGUGGCUUUGUUGAGCAACGGCCUCCUCUACGUAUACUUCGCCGCUUCUUUUCCGCGAGCAUCUUGGAGCGAUCAGCUCGUGUUUCACAUCUAUCUGACAACCUCGAUGAUCUGUUUCGGUAUCUCGUCAACCUAUCAUACCCUGCUAUGUCACUCUCCCCAUUUCGCAGGUCUAUGGGCCCGGUUUGAUUAUGUUGCGAUUGUUUUCCAGAUCCUCGGGUCUUUCAUCUCUGGAAUUUAUAUUGGGUUCUACUGUGAACCACAUUUACAGAAACUCUACUGGUUGAUGAUUGGCAUUCUCGGCCUCUUGACUGGUCUUGUCGUGGUACAUCCUCGCUUGCAAAGCAAAGAGUGGAGAAUCUUACGCCUGUCGACAUUUGUGGCAACGGGGCUGUCAGCCUUCGCGCCCAUUACCCAUGCCUCUAGUCUCUUCCCGUACGAACAGCUGGACCAACAGGCAGGGCUGCGGUACUAUUAUCUUGAAGGUCUAGUUCUCAUUAUUGGUGUAUUAUUUUAUGCGACAAACUUUCCGGAGUCAUGGAAGCCCGAAUAUUUUGACAUUUGGGGCGCCUCUCACCAAAUAUUUCAUGUCUUGGUUUUUAUGGCAGCGGUCCUCCAUUUUUACGGAAUACUGGUUGCAUUUCAAUGGAAUUACGAGAACCAGCGCUGCGGCCCUGUUUGA